AACAGCGCCAUCUUUCCACAGUGUGUUUUGGUGGGAGACUCCUUCACAGCAACGGCAAGGAAAGGGUUAAGGAGUGUAUAAGGGUCGGAUCGAUGCCUCCUCUCCCACACGUCGCCAUGAACAAAUGAAUUCGCGGGGAAUUAAAUAUCAAUUUCACAAAGGAGAACGAGUCCUGUGCUUUGAACCCGACCCCACCAAGGCUAAAGUGUUGUAUGACGCUAAGGUUCUUGAUGUCUUGAUAGGUACAGAUGAACAUGGAAAACGAAUCCCAAAGUACCUGAUUCACUUCAAUGGUUGGAAUAGAAGCUGGGAUCGUUGGGCUGCCGAGGAUCAUGUCCUAAGGGACACCGAGGAAAACCGUAAAUUGCAACGUAAACUGGCUCGCAAAGCACUAGGUCGCAUGAAGAGAAAGGGAUGGGCGAAGAGGCGUCGUCGUCAGUCUGGUACUAAAUCUUCUCUGAAGACUCUCCCAAAGGAGGACGACAGUGAUGACGCGUGUUUGAUUUCCACUUCAGAGAGCAGCGACGGGGACGAUUCUGACCCUGAAUCUUCAAAUAGUGGAGAAAGCGCCUUCUCUGAGGAUAUCAACAAAAUGAGGGUUGAGCCAGAUAUUAAUGUGAAAAGGGAAAAUGAGGAGAAGAUUGUCCAUGUUGACAUCAGCAUCCCUGAUGUUCUCAAGAAGAAAUUGGAAGAUGACUGUUUCUACAUCAACAAGAGGAAGAAGCUUGUGAUGGUUCCCUGUCAAACAAAUGUCGUGCACAUCCUUGAGUCCUACGUCAAGCACUUUGCUAUCAACAAAGCAUUCAUGGCCAACGAGAGGUACAGACGUCAGCAGAACCCAACACAGAACAGCAGCCCACAGCCAGUUCCUCCAGAGAAGAGUGAGGAGCUGUGUAAGGAGAUGGUUGAUGGCCUGAGGAUCACAUUUGACUUCACUUUACCCAUGAUCCUCCUCUACCCAUGUGAACAAGCACAGUUCAAAAAGGUCAGCUCCUCCAGGCUCUUUUUGGCAAUGAAUGAAGGCUCCCCGUGCUCCAGCAACGCCCAGCGAGAGCGCAGCCCGAGUCCACUGGGGCACAACCCUCCUACCCCUCAGUCCACGGACAGCCAGCCGGCCCUGAGCGACAUCUCCACCACCACACCCACCGCUCCAGCUCCCACUCCCACUCCGAAGCGCCGGCGCCACCCUGAUAUGGACUGUAUCUCAUACCAGUCACAGUCACUCAGACGCUCCACCAGGAACACAUCUGGAGGUGACCGUCCAGCAGAAGGAAGCAGUGGAGGUGGAGGCAGUGCUACAGCAUCUCCACAGCUAAAACGCCGCCUGGUCGACACGACAGCACAGCCCAAGUUCUUUCUCAACCUUGACAGAAAAACCCCAGUCCACAGCGGCUCCUCUUCCCCGUUGCCCUUGACGCCUAGUAAAGAGCGAAGUGGGCCUUUCUAUGGCCUGGAGAGCCGGAGAAACAACGAGCUUAAUGAGCAGGUCUUGAGCUGGAAGCUGACUCCUGAUAAUUAUCCUCUGACUGACCAGCCUCCGCCACCCUCCUACCUGUACGGAGCACAGCACCUCUUACGGCUUUUUGUGAAGCUUCCUGAGAUCCUUGGAAAAAUGCAAAUCCCUGAGAGGAACCUUCGAGCCCUCAUCAAACAUCUCGAGCUCUUUCUCAGGUUUCUGGCCGAGUUCCACGAAGAUUUUUUUCCAGAGUCUGCAUAUGUGUCGGCAUCAGAGGCCCACUACAGCAUGAAACAGCCGAGGCCAGUUUACUGAAGGAGACGCUGGCCACUUUGUUUCCUUCCCCUUUUUGCUUGUCUGUCCACUGACCUUCCCCUCCAGCUUGUCGACGCUGACCUGCCUGGACUCGUGUUCAGCGGAAUAAAAAGCGGCUUUCUCUGGAGUUCAGCUCUGUUGUUUCCCUGGAACGCCUUUUCUUCUGUUUCUCGCUGUUGCCUUGUGGAAGCUUCAGUCUUCAUCCCACUAACUGCUCACCCCGUGCUCUGUCUGUGGCUCCGUCCUGCAUGCGAGGCGACUUUGUGCUGCUUUGCUUUGGUGUCCUGCUCCAAAGCAUGUAGAGUGCUGUGUGUUCACUAACCCUCAUCACCAUUGUUUCUUUUAAAUUACCUGGCCUUUGCUUUUUAAGACAGGUUAAGCCUGGAAAGUUCAGUCCCAUGAAUAAAAUGGCUUUGCAACACUGAAAACAAAGCCCCCCUUUCUCUGACUUUGCUCUUUAGAGCUGCAGUUUUGGAUUAUAAGGUGAGAGGACACAGAUAAAAAGCUCUGUGUGCCUCUUCUGCCUGCUUAAUAAACUCAUUUUGUAUACUCCUGAGGGCAUUGAAUGCAGGUUUACCUUCUUGGAAGCGUCCCCCUCCUCUAAAUAGUGACUUCUUGAAAGUGCUUCCCAUUCAAUGAUCUUCUGGAUUGUGCCAAAGCUGCAGUAGGACUUGCUUCCUGUCCUGGAGAUGUUUCGCCGCUUUUGCUGAGAAAUUUACUGACUUUACUGACGAACUUUCAUUGAGGAAUGUUGUUUCUCCUCCUAAUUUUGUCUAGAAUGAAACCCUCUGGUGGGAUAUUUUCUUAUGUCUUGUCUCGCUUUCAGUGUUGUCCUGUGCAUGUCUGAUAAAUGUCUGUCUGCUUUUUAUUUGACUGUCAGUUUCUCCCACCUUCUAGCAGAAAGGAUAAGUAUAUCUCUGCAAUGCAUCCUUCAAAAAACACAAGGUAUUCUGCACUUGUUUAUGUUGCACUGUUGUUUUCUACCAGUUCCGUUCAUUGAGUACCAGAAAGUUUAAAACAAAUUUAGCAUACGUUUGUGUGAUUUACACCAUAUCAGUGGAUUUCAUUAGCAUUGUUAUUCGAGAUAUUAAUGCUUUGAAUUGUACAUUUUUCAACUCCAAAACCAAUCAAUCUGGUCGCUCAUGGUAUUGUUAAAUAUGUGAGUAAAUACAAAACAUCUGACCAUCAGUAUGUUAUUUAUUUUUCUCUGCACUCCACUGGAUCUUUUGGAUACCUCAAACUUUAUUUUCGCUCUUAUAUCCUUGUUGAUUCUGUGUGUUUUGCUUGACUUUUUUUAUUUUGUGUCAACAUUUCCUGUUUCCUUUCAGCCCUGUUCAUAGUUUAAAUAAAGAUUUUUCUAAUG